AUGAUCAAGCCACAUAACGGUCUUCGAACCCUUUUGGAGCUUGAAUUUGCAGGGGUCGGAGGGAAUGUCUCUUUCCUCAAAUACAGCUAUGUGAACACCUUUUAUCAACAGCUGUGGCGACAUGGAGUCAUGAAAUACCGUUGGGAGGCCCGCUUCGUUCAACCGACAUGGUGGACAAGUAGUGUCGAAGACAUCCCAAAAGGAGAGCGGUUCUUUCUCGGUGGAGAGAACUCCGUCCGUGGCUACCGCGCCUUUGACCUGGGAUCGAGAUAUAGCAAUGGCGACCCGAUCGGUGGAAUCUCCGCCUCUGUCAUUUCGGUUGAAUACCUCCAUGAGAUCCUCUCUAUCUUAGACGGCUUUCUCUUCAUCGAUGCCGGCUCUAUUUCGAGAAAGAAAUUCAACAUUCAGCGGUACAAUAUGAGCUACGGAGCUGGAAUUCGACUCGAAGUCAUGCACCGGAUGCCGAUCACCGUCGGAAUCGGAUUCCCCGUCAAUGCAAAGCACAACAGCCAAAUUGAGAGGGUUUUCUUCUCGAUGGGCGGACAAUUUUAA